AUGGCAGACGCUGCGCCCUCCGCGAUACGCCCACCGAGCGGUGAUCAGCAGCAGCAGCAGCAGCAGCAGCAGCAGCAGCAGCAGCAGCAGCAGCAGCAGGAGGACGAGGAGGAGAAGCAGCAGGAGGAGCAUACGCCACAGGAACAGCCCGGAGAGCCACCAUCUGUGAAUCAAGCAGCAGAUGGGCCGCAGGAUGGGCCGGUCUCAGGGGAGGACGGCGGCGCUGCCAGCAGCGGCUUGGGGGUAGAGGAGGAAGAGCGACGCCAGGAGGAGGCGCGUGCGGCGGCGCUGGCGACAAGACCAUUUGCAGAGCAGAUUGCAGAGGUUGCUGGAAACCUGAAGCUCAAGUCUCAGUCCUGCCAGGCGGCCAAGUACCUGCUGCGCCUCCUGGACAGCCGCCCCCAGGAGGUGGCGGCCUACCUGGCCAUCGUCGAGCUGCUGAGCCGCCUCAUCGCCGACGGACCCGCACUGCCGGCAGCGGGCGCCGCCAUGACGGCGUUGGCGCGGCUGUGCUUGGCGCCAGAGGGGCGGGCGCGCGUGCGGGCAGAGGCGGGGCUCGUGCCUGUCAUCAGGUAUGUGGCAGUGGCGGAGCCCGACAGGGCGGCCAACGCGGAGGCGGCGGCGCUGCUGCUGGCCAACGUGGCGGGCGACAAGCUGGCGCGCCGCGCGCUGGUCGCUGCUGGCGCGCUGGAAGCGCUGGUUGCGCUGCUGCAGAGAACGAAGAGUCACGACAGCGCCUUGUCUGCGUACGUCGCCGGCGCGCUCAUGGUACUGCUGAGCGACGGUGCUGCCGCGGCGCAGCAGCGGUUUGUGGACUGCGGCGGUAUAGAGGCGGCCUGCAAGGCCUUGGCCGAGCGCCCCCGCAGCGACGCCGGCCGCAGCACGCUGCGCCUGCGCCUCCUGCUGGCGGAGCUGUGCCACGCCAACAAAUCGUGGGAGACGCAGUGCCAGCAGGCAGCCCUGGACUCGGCGCCCAGCGUGCUGCUUUCAGCGCAAAUGGGUGCAGGUCCUGCCCCCAAAGGCGUUGCUGCGGGAGGCGGGUGA